GAGGGGGCGGCCGCGAGUGAGGCGGGGCGUGCGCGCUGCGCUCGGCUCCGCCAUGGCCGGGACCUGAUCGCCCCGGCUGCCCCGCCGCGCCCGAGCGUCCCGGGCCCUCGCGGCCGCCGCCCUCCUCCUCCUCCUCCUCCUCCUGCGAGCCCGUGUGAGUCCACCGAGACAAAGGCGACCUCGGCGGGCGCCGCCUCACGCCUGUGCCCGGGGGCCGCGGCGGCGGGGCUCGCGAUCGGCACCGCCGAGCGUCUGCGCGCCCGGAGCCCCGCGCCCCGCGCCCCGCAGGCCCGGCCCCCAGUGCCCUGUCGGCCGCACCAUGUGAAUUCGGAGCGGCCGCCGUGAAAGAUGGGGGAUGCUGCGGACCCGCGGGAGGUGAGGAGGACCUUCAUUGUCCCGGCCAUCAAGCCCUUCGACCACUACGACUUCUCCAGGGCCAAGAUCGCCUGCAAUCUGGCCUGGCUGGUGGCCAAAGCCUUCGGGACAGAAAAUGUGCCUGAGGAGCUUCAGGAACCCUUUUACACGGAUCAGUAUGACCAGGAGCACAUCAAGCCACCAGUUGUCAAUCUGCUUCUGUCUGCUGAGCUGUACUGCCGUGCCGGGAGCCUCAUCCUCAAGAGCGACGCAGCGAAGCCGCUCCUGGGCCAUGAUGCUGUGAUCCAGGCAUUAGCACAGAAGGGCCUUUACGUCACUGACCAGGAAAAAUUGGUAACCGAGCGGGAUCUCCACAAGAAACCCAUACAGAUGAGUGCACAUCUGGCCAUGAUUGACACUCUAAUGAUGGCUUACACUGUAGAGAUGGUCAGCGUAGAAAAAGUAAUUGCAUGUGCUCAACAGUAUUCAGCUUUUUUUCAAGCUACAGAUCUGCCCUAUGAUAUUGAGGAUGCUGUCAUGUACUGGAUAAAUAAGGUAAAUGAACACUUGAAAGACAUAAUGGAACAAGAACAGAAAUCUAAAGAGCAUCACCCAGCUGAAGCUCCAGGAGGUCAAAAGGCUCGCUACAGGAAGGAACAGACGUUGCUUAAGCAACUGCCUUGCAUUCCAUUGGUAGAAAAUUUGUUGAAGGAUGGUACAGACGGCUGUGCAUUAGCUGCCCUUAUUCAUUUUUACUGUCCUGGUGUUGUCCGAUUAGAGGAUAUCUGUUUGAAAGAAACCAUGUCUCUGGCCGACAGCCUGUAUAAUCUGCAGUUGAUUCAGGAGUUUUGCCAAGAAUACUUAAACCAUUGCUGCCAUUUCAGCUUGGAAGAUAUGCUUUAUGCUGCAUCCUCCAUAAAGAGUAAUUAUUUGGUGUUCAUGGCAGAGCUCUUCUGGUGGUUUGAAGUGGUGAAGCCGUCCUUUGUGCAGCCACGCGCUGUUCGUCCACAAGGAGCUGAACCUGUGAAAGAUGUGCCAUCAGUCCCCGUCUUGAACAAAGGACACAUCCCGGAUAGUUCUGACUUCACCUCAAGACAUGCACGUCCCCAAGCUCAGUCUUCAGCCUCAGGAGGAAUUAGAAGGUCUUCAUCUAUGUCUUAUGUUGAUGGCUUCAUAGGAACAUGGCCUAAAGAGAAAAGAACAUCUGUGCAUGGUGUUUCAUUCGAUAUCUCUUUUGAUAAAGAAGACAGUGCUCAGAGAUGCACUCCAAACCGAGGGAUCGUCCGCUCUGUUAGUAAUGAAGGGCUGACUCCCAGCAACAGCCGUGCAUCCAAACACAUCAGGAAGAACUUGUCCUUCAAGCCAAUGAAUGGAGAAGAAGAAGAAGAUGAUGAAGAAGGCAUUGAAGAAGAGCUUCAUGCAGACCCUCGAACUGACCUCAAAUCUUACAUGCCUCUUAACACAAAUGAACUAAAUUCUAACGAGAAUGCUCACUACAGGCUUCCAAACGGGGCUUUGCAAAACCGAGUGCCUCUGGAUGAGUUUGGCAAUCAGAUCGAGACUCCAAGCAUCGAAGAAGCAUUGCAAAUAAUUCAUGACACUGAAAAGGCCCCUCAUACACCUCGGCCAGACCCCAUCGCUAAUGGCUUCUUUCUUCACAGUCAGGGCCUGAGCAUCCUGAACUCAAACAUCAAGCUGAGUCAGUCUAGUCCUGAUAAUGUGACCGACACAAAAGGGACCUUGAGUCCCAUAACAGACACUACAGAGGUGGACACGGGCAUUCAUGUUCCUUCAGAGGAUAUUCCGGAAACAAUGGACGAAGACUCUUCCUUGAGAGAUUACACUGUUAGCUUAGACUCUGACAUGGAUGACGCAUCCAAGUUUCUUCAGGACUAUGAUAUAAGAGCCAGCAACCCCAGAGAAGCCCUGAGCCCUUGCCCGAGUACCAUCAGCACCAAGUCUCAGCCCGGGAGCAGUGCAUCCUCCAGCUCCGGAGUGAAAAUGACAAGCUUUGCUGAGCAGAAGUUCAGGAAGCUCAACCACAUGGACGGCAGGAGCAGUGGGGGCAGUUCCCAGAAGACGACCCCAGAGGGCUCCGAGCUCAACAUCCCUCACGUCGUUUCCUGGGCCCAGAUCCCAGAAGAAGCAGGCAUCGCCCAGGGACGGGACACCACCCAGCUCUUGGCCUCGGAAGUGGUGCAGCUUAGGAUGAGGCUAGAGGAAAAGAGACGCGCUAUAGAAGCCCAGAAAAAGAAGAUGGAAGCUGCUUUCACUCGACAGAGGCAGAAAAUGGGAAGGACAGCGUUCCUAACCGUAGUGAAAAAGAAAGGGGGUGGGGUGUCCCCUCUUCGAGAGGAGGCAGCAGGCGCGGAAGAUGAGAAGGUAUACACCGACCGGGCAAAAGAAAAGGAACCACAGAAAAUGGGCGGACAAAGGAGCAAGUCUCUAGCAGACAUAAAGGAGAGCAUGGAGCAUCCGCAGGGGAAAUGGCUCAAAUCUCCAACCACGCCCGUGGACCCCGAGAAGCAGUGGAACCUGACAAGUCCUUCGGAAGAGACUCUAAACGAAGGGGAAAUUUUGGAAUAUACAAAGUCCAUCGAAAAGCUAAAUUCGUCCCUGCAUUUUCUGCAACAAGAAAUGCAGCGCCUCUCCCUGCAGCAGGAGAUGUUAAUGCAGAUGAGGGAGCAGCAGUCGUGGGUGAUUUCCCCUCCACAGCCCUCUCCACAGAAGCAGGUUCGUGACCUUAAGCCUAGACAGGCAGGCCUGUGCUCAGCUGCUGCCCCCUUCUCGUCUGACUCUCCUCGACCCACUCAUCCGUCCCCACAGUCUUCCAACAGGAAGAGUGCAUCCUUCUCUGUUAAAAAUCAAAGGACUCCAAGGCCAAACGAACUGAAAAUCACUCCUCUGAAUCGAACCUUGACGCCUCCUCGGUCUGUGGAUAGUCUUCCUCGAUUAAGGAGGUUUUCGCCCAGUCAGGUUCCCAUUCAGACACGGUCAUUUGUGUGUUUUGGUGAUGACGGAGAGCCUCAGUUAAAAGACCCCAAACCAAAAGAGACUAAAAAGGAGCCGUUGGAACCUUGUGACCGGAACCCUGGGGAGAAGGAGACGAAACCUGUUGAGUCGACAGUUUCCGAAGUCUUGUCACAGCCCAUCACAGAGACAGUGUGUGUGACGCCAAAUGAGGACCAGUUGAGCCAGCCCACCGAUCCACCCCCUGACCCUGUUUUCCCGCCCAGCACUCCUAAAAAUGUCAAUCUGAUUGAAGUUUCUCUGUCAGAUUUGAAGCCCCCCGAAAAGGCUGAUGUACCUGCCGAAAGCUAUGGUGGAGAGAGCGAUAGAGAGCAAUGUGAAGAUGACCAGAAAGUUUGCUGCGGAUUCUUUUUUAAGGAUGACCAAAAGGCAGAGGACGACAUGGCGAUGAAGCGGGCAGCCUUGUUGGAAAAGCGGUUAAGGAGGGAGAGAGAAACUCAGCUCCGGAAGCAGCAGCUGGAGGCGGAGAUGGAGCAUAAGAAAGAGGAGACAAGGCGUAAGACCGAGGAAGAGCGUCAGAAGAAAGAGGAUGAGCGAGCGCGCAGGGAAUUUAUCAGGCAGGAGUACAUGAGGCGAAAACAACUAAAACUAAUGGAAGACAUGGACACAGUGAUCAAGCCCCGCCCUCAGCUGGCGAAACAGAAAAAGCAGCGGCCAAAAUCCAUUCACAGAGAUCACGUCGAAUCCCCCAAGACACCAGUCAAAGGCCCCCCAGUCUCUAGCCUCUCUUUGGCAUCGCUGAACACAGGGGACACCGAGAGCCUUCACUCAGGCAAGAGGACACCGAGGUCAGAGUCUGUAGAAGGCUUCUUAUCUCCAAGUCGCUGCGGCAGUCGAAAUGGUGAGAAAGACUGGGAAAACGCAUCAACGACUUCUUCGGUGGCUUCCGGAACAGAAUACACAGGACCAAAGCUUUACAAGGAACCAAGUGCCAAAUCCAAUAAGCACAUAAUCCAGAAUGCUCUAGCUCACUGCUGCUUGGCUGGGAAAGUAAAUGAAGGUCAGAAGAAAAAGAUACUAGAGGAAAUGGAGAAAUCAGACGCCAACAACUUCCUAAUCUUGUUCCGGGACUCAGGCUGUCAGUUCAGAUCUUUGUAUACUUACUGCCCAGAAACUGAAGACAUCAGUAAACUGACUGGGAUAGGCCCUAAAUCUAUCACUAAAAAGAUGAUUGAGGGACUAUACAAGUACAAUUCUGACAGGAAACAGUUUAGCCACAUACCUGCUAAAACUUUAUCCGCUAGUGUGGAUGCAAUUACCAUUCAUAGCCACCUAUGGCAAACCAAAAGACCAGUCACACCCAAAAAGCUCUUACCUACUAAAGCAUAGGAGGCGGGAAAUGCUCGCUUCAGAACCUUUGUGGUAAGUUUGUACUUCAUCUUUCCUGCCCAUAGAAAACCUUUCUAAUUGCCAACAAGAUUUUUAUCAGUUAAAACUGGACCUUACCCCUGUUGUUGUGAACAACUGGAAUGUACGCAGUGUUUGGAGUGCAGAAGAUUCUCCUAGGGAUAAGGCCGAGUGAUGAAGGGAAUGCGUUUUGAAUCACAGACAGAGGUUUGUGGGUGUCCGGGCUCGACUGCCUGGUGUUCGAGACCUUGAAGCACUGAACCCUCAGACACAGUGGGACUUAGGCUUGAAAUGUGGCUGGAUGACGGAUUAUGUGUGCACAUCGUCAGAUGGUUUUUGGUGUUGUUCCCUCUCUCUCUCCUGGGUGUUUAUUCUAAGCUGCCUUUGUGUUUUUCUUUCAUGUGGGCAUCAUGGAAGUAGGAAGUUGACUCUGAGAAGUAAACUUGCACCUUUCUUACGAUGUUAAGAGAAACACUAGUGUUAUGUUUUACAAUAGCCGUCAUGUUUUCAUGGCAUUCCUAAGUAAUUACCUUCUCUAUUUAUUAUUCACACAAGUAUUAACAUUUUUGUGUUACAUAAGGAGGUGUAAAGAGCUGCUCCUGGGCUCCCUGCAGACCACACACACCUUACCAGUGUCUUGUAAGAAGCUGCUGA